ACACAAACAAACUUAAAUAGUCUCUUAAAAACUACGAAAACCAAAAGUAUAACAAUAAUGCAAUAAAAUCUUUCAGAACGAUCACAACUGCGCAUUUAGAGUGCCUGUUUCAAGCUAAAUGUCACUAUUGUAGCCUACUCGUUCCUCCUUUAUGUUCGCAGUGCGCAUGACGUCAUCACUGCAUCUGCAAGCACGCGCACCCAAAAACGCGCAGUGAUGCACAUAUAGCGUUUUAUUUUCCUAUUACAGCAUGUCUUAAACAUCGGCAGCCGGGAUCCAAGCUCAUAAGAUACCUGACAAACAUGGAGAAAGGGAACCAAGGCAUUUCUCAUUUUGAUCACUUUCUCCAAAGUCAAGAAUCAUCCGUGGUCAACAAGUUCCAGCAGAAAUACUGGAAAACCAAGCAAACACUGAUUAAAGUCACAGGAAAGCAGGAAGAUGAGCAUGUUGUUGCUUCCGAUGCUGAUCUGGACGCUAAACUGGAGGUGUUUCAUUCAGUACAGAGAACGUGCAUGGAGCUCCUUAAGGUGAUUGAACAGUAUCAAAGGAGAAUCAGCCUUUUGUCCCAGGAGGAGAAUGAACUGGGUCGGUUCCUGCGUUCACAGGGCUCUCAGGACAAAAGUCGUGCUGGAAAGAUCAUGCAAGCUACUGGGAAAGCUCUCUGCUUCUCUUCACAGCAGAGGCUGGCGCUGCGAGGUCCGCUGGGCCGUCUGUACCAGGAGGUGGAGACGUUUCGUUACAGAGCCAUUUCUGACACGUGGCUGACGGUGAACAGGAUGGAGCAGUCACGGACCGAGUACGGAGGAGCUCUGCUCUGGAUGAAGGACGUUUCUCAGGAGCUGGAUCCCGACACACACAAGCAGAUGGAGAAGUUCCGUAAGGUUCAAACUCAGGUGCGUCAUACCAAGACAAGUUUUGACAAACUGAAGAAUGAUGUGUGUCAGAAGGUUGAUCUGCUCGGAGCCAGUCGCUGUAAUCUGCUCUCACACGUUCUGACAACCUAUCAGACCACAUUGCUACAUUUCUGGGAGAAAACCUCUCACACUAUGGCUGCUAUUCAUGAGAGCUUCAAAGGCUGCCAGACUCAUGAGGCUUCAGCGCUGGGGGGUUCAGAUCAAGCUGCAAAGAAAAAAGUAAAGAAGAAAACGAAGGCAAAAGCAGAAGAUGAGGAGACGAGUCAGAAUACAGAUGAAACGCUUAUUUCAAUUGAAGAAGAAACUCUGAGCAGUAACCUCAUGCGAACAGGAAAUGAUGACGCUUUCUCCGGCGGUCAGGAGAAGGAUGGCUUGAGUUUGUUGAAUGAGAUUCUGGGCAGCAGUUCUCUGGAGGACGGGGGUUUCUCACAGGAAUGGCGCGAGGUGUUUGGGGAUGAAGAUCCGGCCGGCGGUAGCAGAGCAGAGACGCAGCUGUCCGAGGAGGAGCCCGCUUUCUUUCUGCCUUCCAAACUACUCGACCGGAACAUGAACGGCCUGCAGUCCACAGUCUCAGGUUGGACAACAGCCAUUCCGCAGAAUAUUCCUGAAAACUCAUCUGUAGCGAGUCAAAUCUCUUCCAAACCUGCAGUGAAAGAUACCUCAAAAGAUCUCUCUGCUUGGUUCAAUCUGUUUGCCGACCUGGAUCCGCUGUCAAACCCGGACGCGAUCGGCCGAACCGAUGAAGAACAGGAGCUCCUGAACGCUUAAUCUGCCCUGCUACAGAUGCACUUUACGCUCUUGACGCACAAUCGACAGUUCAUGAGAGGCCUACAGACGCCUGUCCUGGACAGAUAUCAGCACUGAUUUCUUUAUGCCAUAGUAGUUAACCUUAAUUAUUUCAUGAAGAAAUAUUUGCUGCCAAAGGAAACUAAUACUAAUCACUCUGGCCUUGAUUCCUUUUCCAUUUGCUAGUAUUGUCAAGGCAGUUUGAUUUGCCAUUGGCAGUUUUGAUCUUGUAUUACAUAAAUAUAUAUAUAUCCUUACACAGCAUUAUCAGCAACAGUAAGUAGUUUGGGUUUGUAUGUUGUGAUAUUGCAUGAUUUCAGAUUUUUUAUCGUUAUUUAUUUUAGAUGUUGCCUUGAUCAGUUAUGAAAGAAAUGGAAGGUAUUUUUGCAAGUGUUAUUUAAGUAAAGUAUGCAUUUUGUCUUACUUUAGUGCCGUCAACUAAAACUAAUGCUGCAUUUCAGAAGCCUUAAAUAUGAGAGGAUAUCACAGUCCUUCAAUUCAUUUAUUUGAAUGAACAUUAUAUAUUAUAUUGUGGAGUGCUUAUGGAAACUUCACCUGAUGUGAAAGCAGCUAUUAAUAGGUCAAGGUGUACAUAAAUGUAACACGUUAUUUAAGAUGUACUGUAUGGUUAUGUUAUAAAAAGCAACUGUGCUCACUUUUUACAGGCUUGUUUCUGGAAGUGUUUUAUUUUUAAUUCAUUUAUUUUAUGUAUUUAUGAUGGUGGAUUUUUACUUCCAGAACCUGACUAUUGUACUCUUUAUUUUUGUCAUGAAUACCAAUAAAACAUUGGUAAACAACUUGGU